GUCUGGUGGAUCGUGGUGAUGGUGUCUUUUUGUUUGCUAAAGCACCUAAGAUCGUGCCUGCAUCAAGACAUCUCCAAGGUGCUGCUCAACAUGCUGUUAAGGGCAAGUUUAGCGAGGAGACGGAAAAGCUUUGCUUUGAUGUAUAAAUGAGUAGGAAAUUGAAAAAAGGAUCAACGAAGAAGUAGAUCAUUCUCACAAAUCUCCUGGAUGUUGUUCCAUCUCGAUCAUUUUUGCAGCUGGAAAACGAUGAACAUGAAGUAUUAUAGCAAGCGAGAACAUGAAGUAGUUUUAGAGGACACCCUCCACCUUUUCUAAAACUACUUCACCUAGUACCUCGACCUCGCCAGCGGACGACGCUGAGCAGAAGAAAGAAGGAGCUGAAGAAGAGGAGAAAGAGGCUCACGAGUUCAAGGAACGAGUCAAUAGGAUGACGCCAC